ACAACAUAAACGAUAGUCAAAAGAGAGGCUUUCCACAUCGCACAGUGAGUUAGCAUUUACUCAUCAUUAAAGUUAGACAGGUUUAUUGUAGCAUGUUAUAAACCAACCUUGCCGUGAUGCAGACGGCUUGUUUCAGCUUGUUUGUGAAAUAAAACAACUUGUCGGCGCACCUCGUCAUCUACUGGAGCAGCUAACGCAGAUUUUUUCGCUGAUUAGGAAGGGCAGUGAUACCAUGUGGAAGUCACAUGAACGACAAGGAUGAGGUAUAAACAACAAGAGGGCAGCUUGAGGAGAGAUCCGCUGCACACUGUGUCAUAGGGAGGGGGUUUGCUGCUUGUAAACACCCUGCACAAGCAGCCCCCUGUGUCCCCCUCUCCUGAACAUAUGCAAUGAACAGCACUACUGAGCCCCCUGCUAUCAUAGAUGGGGAUGUGGCAGUCAGCUAUGUGUUGGUGCCAUUCUUCCUCAUCACUAUUAUUGGAAUAGCUGCAGCUGUGGUCAUGUAUAUUCGUAAGAAAAGACGAAUUGACAGACUUCGUCAUCAGCUGUUACCAGUUUACACAUAUGAUCCAUCAGAGGAGCUUAAUGAAGCUGAGCAAGAAAUGUUGUGGAGAGAAGAGGACACAAGGAUUGUACAAGGCUGGGCCAAGAGUUAUCAACAGCGACGCCCUCUUCUGACCAAAGACGUCAAUGCAUGAUGAUAGUGAGCCAUGGCAUAGGACAUCAGUGUGGAGACAACCUUCAGCCACAUCAGUCAUCAGUUUGAAGUCACGCACAAGACUUCCUUUUGGUUUUACUUGUCUUUGCUACCAUUUGCCGUUAUCUCCCUGUUAAAGUCCAUAUAGAUUGACUGUUCUGAUGCCAAUCCUUUGUGCCUAAUAGAUGCAGUACCGUACAUUUAUUUAUUUGAAAUUAUUUAUUCAAAACCUUUUUUUACUGUGACAUUAUUCAUGGUUGAGAAAGGUGGAACCUCUCACAAGAUUAAGAAAAAAGGUUUCUGUAGGUUUACUGUUGUUUACAUUAAUUAUGUUGUUUUGUGCAACAAGUGGUUUUGUUCCUGUGGUUUGCAGUAGGCAUUUGAUUAGGGGCAGUGUUCACAGUGUGGUAGGAGUAUGCAUCAGAUAAAGAAUUUCUUAAUAUGAGAGGGUUUAAGAUCACUGUCUGGUUAGGUUAUUGUGAAGAGGUUGUUUGCAGUGCAUUAAAAACAAACAUGGCUUCUUUAAAGAAUGGCUUUUAGUUACAUGUGUUGACAUGAAACUCUGCAAUAUGACUUAAAUUCAGUUUUAACAAUUAUUUUCAUAUAGCUAAGAGAUUUAUAAAAUAGAUUUGCUGUUCAAAUUAGGUUGGGUGACAUUCAUUUCAGUUUCAUUUUGUGUCAAAAGUUGGUUUUAAUCUCUCAGAACUAGCUGCCCCAGAUCUCUCUGUGGUUUAGCCAAUUCCUAUGACUCUUAUCAAUGGCAUGAAAUGGAAGUAAAUAAAACCAACCUCCUCACAUCCCCAAAAUGAGCGGUGACUAGUGCCCUAAAUAUGUCCGUUCUACAAGGCAUGGCACCAACAAAAUGUACCUCCAGCUGAAGAUGAAUGCCAUAGGUCUGACUGUAUCAAGCACUCAGGAAGUCUUUUUUUCUUGAAUUGUAACCUUACCUGACCUUUCAUUUGUGAAUAUAAAAUACAUAAAAUAGAACUAUAAAGAGGUUAUAUAAGAGGCACAUGCAUUCAUUGUGGAUAAAGUAAAGUGUAUUGGGCAGAUAAUGUCUGGACUCGAUAACAGGUAUGACUAAAUAUUGAGAGGUACUCUGGAAUAAGACUUACAUUUUGUAUAGAUGUUAAUGUGUCAUUUCAGGCCCUAAGACUUCUUUACCCAAGAGCAUGCCCCUCUGCUCAUAAUACUGUUGACUUUCUAUGCAUUAGUUUCUCAUUUGUGGAAAGAUAGGUAGUCACAAAGGAAACUGUAUAAAUAUCCGAUUAUGAUUUGCACUGGUAAAACACAUGUCAACUUUUAAUGGAAGGCUCUGAUUUUAAGUUGCACAUGAUAAAGAACUACUGAAAUCCAAAUGUGAAUUUGGCAACGUUACAUCUUCAGACUGUUGGACCAGUUUGUUUUGAGUGAAUUGAUUGAAGCUAUGAAUUAAGAAAUAAAGUAAUAUAACUUUG